AUGGCAAAUAACCAAAACCCAAACACUGAUCUACCCCAUUUACAAACACAGAUCACCGAACUCACAUCUGUUCUGGAACAGAUCAAUCAAAGGCUGGAUACAAUGAAGGAACGCCGAACUCGAGAUGAGUUUGGACCUCACAAUAGGAGGGUGCAUAGGCCUCCUCUAGACGAUGAAGUAGAUGGAAAUGAAGAAAAUGAAGAGAAUGAAGAAUACAGGGUGAGGAACAGGGGAUUUGGACGCGGCUUCGACCGUCACCCUCUUGAUGAACUAGCCAAGGGAAUGAAGGUAGAUGUCCUAGAUUUUUUUGGAAAGCUGGACCCCAAUGGUUUUGAAGAUUGGUUGACGACCAUUGAGGAUUAUUUUGAUUGGUUCUCUGUUUUCGAGGAUAGAAAAGUUCGUUAUGUCCGUAUGAAAUUAAAAGGACAUGCACGAGCUUGGUGGGGUAGUGUGGAAGAACAACUACGUCGUACUCAACGUGCCCCAAUGUCUAAUUGGGGAGAAAUGAAGGAGCAGCUGAAAGAGAAAUAUUUGCCUAUUGACUACGAACAAAUCAUGUUUGAAGAGAUGCUGCAACUGAGGCAAGGGUCGUUGACUGUCGACCAGUGUACAGACCGUUUUCAUGAAUUGACCGUUCGCAGCAAGGUGGUGGAAAUUGAGCAACAAACACUAGCUCAUUACCGCACGGGCUUACGUAAUGAGCUGCGAAAAGAAAUGCUGAUAGCACAACUCCUAAGCGUUGACGAAGCUUAUCAAUUGGCCUUACGAGUUGAAAAACAACUGGGAUUCUUUAACGGAAGACGCAUGUCAUCUACAGAUCCCAGGCAGGAACGUGCACCAACACAACCAUACCAGAAACCACUUCUGCCCAUUGACCAAGUUGAGGGAGUUGAGGAAGAGGAAUAUGAAGAAAGUGACAGUGAAGAUGUAGAGCACUUGGGAGCAACUGCUCUACCCAGUUGUGUGAUCCACCAAGUUUUGACUGGUACUAAGAAGAAGAUCCAAGGUGGUGAUUCUGAUUGGAGACGCACCAACAUUUUUCAUACUCGUAUGAAGCAUGGUGGUCGUGCGUUAAAUGUUAUCAUUGAUAAUGGGAGUGGAAUGAAUGUAAUCUCUAGUGAUGCGGUGGAACGUUUGGGUUUGACAGUUGAAAAACACCCUAGCCCUUAUCGAGUAAGUUGGGUUAAUGAAGAUAACCCCAUCCUGGUAAAGCAUCGUUGUUUGGUGAAGUUUGCAUUGGGAAGAAACUAUACGGAUGAAGCCUGGUGUGAUGUGGUCCCUAUGACCGUGUGUCACUUAUUAUUGGGUCGGCCCUGGCUCUAUGACAGAAAGGUGUUGUAUGACGGGUAUGCAAAUUCUUACUCUUUUAAAUUUAAUGGCAAGAAAUUCGUUUUAGACCCUUUGCAGAUUUCUAAGUUUGACACACAACCAAAACAAAAGAAAAAAGAGGUUGUUCCAAUGCUAACCAUUCGACAGUUUACUCGAGCUCUAAAAGGAGAACAACUAGCGCUGUUGGUAGUAAACCGAGAGGCUAAGCAAGAUGAUGGCAUUAUCCCCAACGAAUUUAUGAAGAUGCUAGAGAAGUUCCAGGAAAUCAUGCCUGAUGAGAUUCCGAAACAGCUACCACCGUUGCGAGAGGUAUAA